UGGCUGGCAUAGAAGGGGAAGAUAGCCAGCGUGGGAGGAAGGGAGGAAGGAAGACCCGGUUGAAGUGGCCGCGGACUAAUUCGAAAAAUAAGUCUACGCGCGCGACAAGCACACUUGACCGAAGCACACUCGGUGCGGAAGGGUGCACGCGGCCCUCGAGUGCUCGCGAGCGACAAUUAAUAACGGAGAACGGACGCGCUGGAGUCGGUGUUCCGCUCUGACACCGGAUUACGCGGACGCGGAAGUUCCCGACGCGCGCCAGUCGAGCCGCGGAUACGACAGGACGUGGCCGAUCGUGGACCAGCCACCGAAAUUUACAGGAACUCGCGGUGCCUCGUAGUUCGUCUCGUGUCGGCGACAACGAUCCUUUUGCCGGAAUCUUCGAGGAGCCGCAGAGAUCGCCCCGGGAUGCUCCGCUGACGCUCCAAAGUCGCGGGAGCGAACGGUGACCCGUCGACAUCCGAAGAUGCUGCGAGGGAAUCGCAAUCGUCGUACGGACCGGAGGAUAUCCAACGCCAGCUGCUGAAGCUAUGGAAGAAACGGUGUCGCGAAGAGGGUGAACAACCGUGGAAGACACAAGCCGAAUCGAAAGCUGCGAGUAUCGCAACCGAAUCCUCGUUAUCGUGAAUCGGAGCUGUCCUCGUCGAGUCGAACGUCUUCUGUGGCGUGACAAGGGGUAAAAAGACACGUCGAGGCGAGAAGAGACCAUGGACGAAGAGAAACGAAGCGAAGCCUCGCCGAAACCGUCUCAGUUAACGCCGUUCAGUAUCGCGGACAUUCUCAGUCGAAGAACCUCUUACCCGGAUCACGAGCGACGAUCCUCCGAUUCGGACGAGACGCAAGGCGCUCCGUCGUUCGCCAAGAAAUCUCACAGGGACUACGAUUUUACGGAGACCGAUCACGGAGAACUGUGCACGGAUCAGGAUCCAAAUCGUAUGGCUCGGUUCCCCAGGUUACCGUCCCCAGACCUCAACGUGGCUCGCGAGCUGGACAUCCUGACGAGGAAUCUCGUUCACGCGAACAUCACAAACUUCGGCACUAUUCCACACCUGGCCCAAGGGACCUUCAAACACCUGGAAACCCUGGGGAACAUGACUGCUUAUCAGCCGGCCAAGGACUCGAGGGACGUUUCACAGAGGCAACAGGACGAGGCGUUGGACAUGAGCAAAAAUAAAUAUCUGGAGGACGCGGAGGAAGACAUGUUCGAGGGACAGAAUCACGGACAAAGUCAUCAGAGCAGGAAGAAGCGCAGCAGGGCAGCGUUCUCUCACGCGCAGGUCUACGAGCUGGAGAGACGAUUCGCGGCCCAGAAGUACUUGUCGGGCCCGGAAAGGGCGGACCUCGCGCGCGGAUUGAAGUUGACGGAGACCCAAGUGAAGAUCUGGUUCCAAAACAGACGAUACAAGACCAAGAGGCGGCAGCAGCAGGAACUGGGCGCCCUGGUUAAUUCCGGAAACGCGAGGCGCGUGGCCGUGCGCGUUCUCGUGCAUCCGGACGAGCAUUUGAGGGGACUGCCACUUCGUGGUUCCGGCCAACUUCCCGGACAAAUCUCGGCCCCGCAAAUUCAUCCCGCGAACAAAGCGCUCAGCGGUUUCCCAUACUACUGUCUCCCCUAUCAUCCCCUGCUCUGCCCACCCCUUCACUCCGCUCAUAUUCAGGUGCAAAACACGAUCGCGCCGGACCUCGAUCCGAGCCAGCUCUCCAAAAUCAACGACGAAAAAUAAACCACCGAAUCGCGCAACUCCGAUUCAGGGCUGGGCAAAAUUCUAUAUCCAACGGUAGACGACAAAAAUACCGACGUAUAGUAAUUUAUUUGCGACGAUUAUUCGCUCGAACGGUUAUACUUUUAUAAAAAAAAAAAAAAAAAAAUUUCUAUUUUCCCUUACUCUAGACGACGAUGUUGCCCAUGUCUGCUCCUGUCUGUAGAAUGGUUCUGUGGUUUUCGGUUCGUCGUUGCCCUCUGUUCUUUUUAAAACCGACGUUAUGGAAAAGUCUGCCGUUUACAAUCGCGAUCUCCCCUACUCUCUCACUCUCAUACACUCGUACACGCAUACACGCGUGCAUACAUACGUACGCGUACACAGCCAUUUCGAAGUAACGAUUAAAGAGCACGGUAUCGAUUAUUCUGUCAACGCGACGCUCGAACAAUUUUCGAGCGUCAGCGUCUACGUUAAUUAUAAAGUUACUUAUAAAUAUUAUAGCAAUCUAGGAAGAGGAUCGUGUAAAUUAGCGUGUAAAUAACUGUAUAAAAUGCAAUCCGUGUCGAUCGGUGUCGGUGGGCGGAGUAUUUUAUUUAUUCCGAGUCCUGAAAUCGUAACGAUAGUUCGAUCUUCGGACGGGAAACGUUUAAAAUACUACCGUGAACACUGCUGGUGGUUCGUGUGCAAUAAAAUCGAAAGACACCGAUACCGACUAAGCGUUAUCACACUUUAUUAUAAGCAAACGCCGGGUUAACUUCGUUGUUUCCGCGCACCUAUGUGAUGAUACAGAUCUAUUCGAAUAUAUCAAGUGGUUCAUUAAAAAAAAAAGAAUUAAAAUAAAAGCGAACACUGUCUUGUCCUUUUUACCCCUCUCGACGAGUCCUAAAACGUUUGCGUCACGGCUACGCGGGAUCGUAAAAAUCUCGACGUAUUCGACCCAACGAAGUAGCACUUUUUUCAAACAUGCUCGCGAGCGAUUUUAUGCGCGUUCCAGAGUGCAGCGUUAAAAGGUCGUCAUUUUUUCACGUAUACAAACUCGUAGUACACCGUGGAAUCGAUUAAGAACGAAGAAACACUCGUUGGACGAAUCUUU